AAGAGCAGAGGCCGAACUCGGGUUCUGACAAGAUGGCCCGGCUGCCCCGCAGGAUCAUCAAGGAAACCCAGCGUUUGUUGGCAGAACCAGUUCCUGGCAUUAAAGCAGACCCAGAUGAGAGCAACGCCCGUUAUUUUCAUGUGGUCAUUGCUGGCCCCCAAGAUUCCUCCUUUGAGGGAGGGACUUUUAAACUUGAACUAUUCCUUCCAGAAGAAUACCCAAUGGCAGCACCUAAAGUACGUUUCAUGACCAAAAUUUAUCAUCCUAAUGUAGAUAAGUUGGGAAGAAUAUGUUUAGAUAUUUUGAAAGAUAAAUGGUCCCCAGCACUGCUGAUUCGCACAGUUCUGCUAUCAAUCCAGGCUUUGUUAAGUAAUCCUAAUCCAGAUGAUCCGUUAGCAAAUGAUGUAGCCGAGCAGUGGAAGACCAAUGAAGCCCAGGCCAUAGAAACAGCGAGAGCAUGGACUAGGCUGUAUGCCAUGAAUAAUAUUUAAGUCAAUCAGAUCAUCAAGUG